AUGCUGGACCGCGCAUUCGUCUGUGCUCAAUGCACAGCGCGGCUUACGCACCGCUCUGUCUUUCGCAUUAAGACGCCCUUUUACUCGGCAUCUCGCCGCCUGAGCAGCAAUGCUACCCCCGACCGUCCCGUCCGCGUUGCCAUUGUGGGCUCAGGGCCCGCGGGAUUCUACGCGGCUUCGCGCUUGUUGAGCAAGCAGCAGAAUGCGAUGGUUGAUAUGUAUGAGAAGCUUCCGGUACCGUUUGGAUUAGCUCGCUACGGUGUGGCCCCAGACCAUCCCGAGGUAAAGAAUUGCGAGGAGAAAUUCACAGAAGUCGCCACGUCCCCACGCUUCAAUUUUGUCGGCAAUAUCGACCUCGGUCACGACCUGCCUCUGACUGCGCUUAAACCACAUUACGAUGCCAUUUUGUUUGCAUACGGAGCAUCUCAAGAUAAAGAGCUUGGAAUUCCGGGGGAAAAGUCUGCCCGAAAUGUACAUUCGGCCCGUGCCUUUGUCGGGUGGUACAACGGUCUUCCUGAGCACCGCGAUCUAGAACCCGACCUGACCAGCGGCGAAGAUGCCGUGAUUGUCGGUCAGGGUAAUGUGGCACUUGAUGUGGCCAGAAUCUUACUUACGGAUGUGGAUGCCCUUCGGAGUACUGAUAUUGCCGACUACGCCCUUGAGGCUUUGUCCAAGAGCCGCAUUAAGCGAGUGCGAGUGGUUGGCCGCCGAGGACCACUGCAGGCCUCAUUUACUAUCAAAGAACUUCGUGAACUGCUGCAGUUACCUUCCGUCGCCUUCGACCCGAUCCCGAAAGACGUCUUUCCUCCCGAGGAUGUCGUAGACGCGUUGCCCCGAGCGCAGAAGCGUCUGAUGCAGCUGCUCGGUAAAGGCUCAGCCAAUGAUCCUCAGACUUCAACCAAGUCUUGGUCACUGGAUUUCCUUCUCUCCCCCGACUCUCUCCAUUCGUCACCGGUCCACCCGUACAAUCUCUUCCAAGCCAGAUUCUCCUGCAACCAGCUCGACCCUGCAAAUCCACACAGUCCUAGCUCCAAGGUCACACCCAAAUGUCUGCCCGAUGGGAAAGCUGCCAUGGUAAACCUCAACGCCAGCGUCUUCUUCCGCAGUGUCGGCUACAAGUCGCUGCCCCUGCCCGGAUUAGACGAUAUUGGUAUUCGAUUUGAUGAUCAGCGCGGUGUGAUUCCCAAUGAUGGUUUCGGUCGAGUGAGGAGUCCCUCAAGCCCCUCAAAUAUGGGAGAGCGCCAAAAGCUACCGGACGGUUCUUUGAUUACUCACCUGGCCGGCUUGUACUGCGCCGGGUGGGUCAAACGCGGCCCAACGGGGGUCAUCGCCUCGACCAUGACGGAUGCCUUUACCACGGCCGACUCGAUCAUGCAGGACCUAGCUAACUAUAAUGGCUCUAGCUCAUUGUUACAUGCUCCUGGGCACAGUAGCGGUCUUGGUUGGGACGGAGUCAAGGCCGAGGCAGAGCGCCGCGGUCUCCGGCCAACGUCCUGGAAGGACUGGCAACGUAUCGACGCCGUUGAGCGGGAGCGCGGUAAGCAAAAGGGCAAGAUUCGAGAUAAAAUGGGGCGUGUAGAAGAAAUGCUGGAGGUUAUUGAUUGA